UGUAUGUCCAAGGAAAGUUAUCUGGAAUCAUAGGUCUUGCUGCAUCACUUAUAAAGACCUUUUCCAAGUUAUGCAUCCGUCUUUAGCUCCUCACCUGCACAGCGAUUGUUUACAAAUUAUAGAAGAGCUGCAUCGUUGUCACGAAGAGGUACGUCCUCCUUUUCCCAUGAAAACUUAAAAUGAAUUACGUAACAGGCAUUCAUAUUGUUGAUAUUUUUUUGUGUGUAAAAUCAAAAAUAUAUAUUUCAUUUACUCCUAUAUAUUUAUCUCUAUUUUGCAGCAUCCCUUUCGAAAGUUCGUCGGAAUGUGUAACGAUAUUAAACGGACUCUUAAUGCGUGCUUGAAAGAAGAGGUGAGGUUACACUGGUAAUUUUGUACAAACGUGCAAUGUUUUGUGUUUCUGUUUUAUACUUCCUUCAGAUUUUUGCGAGUUCUCUUGGCUGCCAUGCCCACAAACUUAAGUGAUAAGUUUUCUGUCCAGGAAUAAAUUGAACUUCAGUAAUGUGUAUUUUUGUGUGGUACAGACUAUGAGAUUAGUUUAAUCAGUGUCGUAGUUACCAUGGCUAGACUACAGAUUACAAGCCCACUUUUAACUAUCUACUAAACGAGUCAAUUCGUUUGGCUUGUUUGCUUCUUUGUUAACAGAAAAAGGCACACUGUUUAUUCAUCAUCCUUUCAUUCACUGCCCAGCCAAACAAGCCACUACAUAUAGAGAUCUUAGGCGCAAUGUGCACAUAAAUCAUUCCUCAUUCUUUCAUCCACUGCCAAACAAGCCACACAAAUCAAACAAGCCACUACAUAUAUAGACCUUAGACAGGGUUUGAGCCAGGCCGCACCAUUGCGCCAAUCCCGCACUGCAAUUGAAAUUGUCCCUUAAAAAAAUGGUCAAGGGGACAAUUUGUCGCCUUCAAAAUUUAGGGAAAAAACUCGAAAGGAAGCACACACGAAGAGUUUUAUCUCGGUACAGAAAUUGCAAGCUAAAACAGAAUGUGGAAAGUAUAUUUUCUUGCACAUUUAAAGUUCAUUCUAAAGUCAUGUUUCAGUCACACUUUACUGAACACGUACGUCUCAUGCUCAACCAAGUGUGGUGAAUGCACGUGGCAAUCUUUACUACGCUUUUCACAAACAUGCAAACUCAAAAGUUCAAAAGCCACCUUCACAAUUACGUUUUUCACUGCCCUCAAUCAUAAUUACGAUCACAAGCAACGAACCUUGAAACACAGAAACACACGAAACGGAUUGAAAUCCACCAAUCACAAAUCACAAACCAUGACCUUUUGAACCCGUGAAAGUAAAGUUUUGUUUCCUAAGAGUUCCGUUAAGAUGAUUGACGGCAGCGAAAAACGCAAUCGUCAGUUGGCUUUUGAACUUCAAAAUUCGCAUGUUUGUGAAAAGUGCAGUAACAUGUCACAUCGAAAACGUGUGCAAACAUUAGAAAGCUUUUUCGCUCGGAAUCAAAGCCAGAGUGAAUCAGAAAAAAAUGAUACAGAAGAAGAACAGUGUAUUAAUCGGGAAGAAACGAAUGAGGAUCGAAGGAAACCGAAAAAAUCACGAACUUUCCUGAAAACUUGGUUGCAAGAUCACACAUGGUUGCACUAUGAAAAAGAGGCGAUGUUCUGCUAUUUUUGUCAGAAAUCUAAGAAGACAAACCCCUUUGCAACAGCAGAAGGGUGUACAAAUUUUAGAACCUCAACUCUGCAGCAACUCUUUUCUACAGCCCUUGAUGUUUGAGCUAGAACCAACUGAAGAAUUAGUACAUUUACGUUUACCAGUGAUUAAGAAAGGAAUUGAAGUUUACAAGGCGAUGCCGGGAUGAGAUUCUGCUGUGUAAUGUUUUGAAGUAUAAAGCAUAGUCAUUGAUCCUCUGUUUAAAUAUGGCGAGAAAAAGAAAUUUGACAUCAAUAACAACUUUUCUUUUUUGUAUCACUUUUCUUGUAUUACAAGUCUUACAAGGAUCAGGUAAAAAAAUGUUUUUGUCAGCUUGCCUGUAUGAAUGUAAAAAAAGAAAAUGUCAAAUAAAAAUUAAUAUGUCUGUCCCCCUAAAAAUGAAACUGUCCUCCAAAAUUUUUGCUAAGGGGACAAAUUGUCCCCCAGUGAUCAAAUACUAGCUCAAACCCUGCCUUAGACAUAACAUGUGUAUAAAUUAUUCCAUGUCCUUUCAUUCACUGCCAAGCCAAACAAGCCACACAAGUCAAACAAGCCACUAUAUUUAUAGACCUUAGACGUAAUGUGCACGUUAAUUAUUUUUACUUUCAUCUGCUGCCUCUAGCCAAAUAAUCCACUACAUGUAUAAAACUUAGACAUAACUUGCAUAAAAAUUAUUUCUUGUUCUUUCAUUGACUGUUGAGCCAAACAAGCCAAAAACGCAAAAGGAGCCACUACAAAUAUAGACCUUACACAUAACUCAAUCAAACUGUUCCCCAUUCUUUCAUCCGCUGCUGAGCCAAAUGAGCCAAACAAGCUACAAAAUACAUAGCCCUAAGAAUUAAGGCAUAAAUUCAGUAUUCCUUUCUUUUUUUUUUUGCUGACCCAAAUGAGCAUUUAGAUAUAUGCUCCUGUAAAAGUGCCCCUGUAGUGUGUAGUUACUCUGUUACCUUAACCCUUUAACUCCCAAGAUCUCAUCAGUAAUUCUCCUUACUAUCUCCCAUACAGUUCUUGUGAUGUUAGUUUGUGGAAUUUGGUGUAAGAUCAACUUAUAAUCCCCUAACUGAUAUUCUUCUCUAUUCUCAUCACCUGUCUGCUUGAUACUGUAUUGAUAUUGUAAGGAGAAAUUCUGUCUUGGUCACUUAUGGGAGUUAAAGUGUUAGUAUGUUUGUGAAUAAACCUUAUGUACGACUGGAGUUUUUUCAACCUUAAAAAAUUUUUCCUUACAGGAUUUGAGAAGACGAAGAAAAAACUUGGAAGAGUCAAGAAGAAGAAGAAAGUCCAUGCAAGAAUUUUAUGCAGAAGAAAAAUGAUUCACCAUUGUGAAGAAUGAAAAGGCUUGAAGGAGUGAACUGGUUUGGAGAAAUGCAUUGAGCUCUGAAAUGGUCUACAUGGAAAAUGUAACUCUGAAGUGAGUCAAAUGUUAUGUGGUGUACAGAAGCCAACAGGACUGUCGUGAAAACAUUUUGAUGAAGUGAUGUAUCUGCCUCAAAUAUGGGUAAUCGGACACUUCCAUCAUCUUUCAAGGGUGUUUUUUUCAAUUGUUUAUGACUUUUCGAAUGUAAUUUUUCCUUCCAAUCUCAAGAUAGCAAUGGCUCAGAUGAAGAAUGUCAAAUAAGUGCUUGAACCCUUAACCCCUAAGAGUGACUAACAUCUAAUUUCUCCUUACAAAAUUACUCAUAAAUCAAACAUUAAGGUCAUGAGAAUGAAGGAGAUGAUCACCAACUAAAGAAGCUCUUGAUUGUUGAACAAAUUCUCCUCAUCAGCACCUUAGGAAAUGUCUUGAGAGUAGUAUGGAGAAUAUGCAUACUGAUGUUAGGGAGUAAAGGCUGAAAGAACUCUGGUCACAAAAGCAGUUUGUGCAAGUACAAGGACCCAUGGGUGAGUUCAAAGCCUCACAGAGGAUUCCAGAUUAACCCUUUACGUCCUAGCAUCAAUGUGAGUUUCUCUAUACUGUUCUCUAUGCAUUUCCCAAGGUGCUGACAAGGAGAAUUUGUUGAACAAUCCAGAGCUUUCAUGACCUUAAUGUGUGAUUCAGUAGUGGUUCUGUAAGGUGAAAUAAGAUGCUGAAGCUUGGUUUACAAAGGAUUUUUCGCCUAUUAUCAUAAAAUACUGUCAAUCUCUUGUAAGGACAGGCUUGUACUGCUAAGGUCCAAAGUUAACCGUGGUGUUAGGGAAGCAUGUACUAUACCACUAUACCAUCCCUCCCUGAGAUUACUGUCAGAGUCCUGUCUAUGGAGUCAAAAAAGACAAAGAAGUCUUCAUUGUGUCAAGCCACUGUUGGUUCCUUGUUGCCCUUCUGAGGUCCAAAAUUAGAUCACAAGGAGUGUAGCUACAGUCCUAGACUGGACUACAUGCAGUUCUUCCUCUUUGGUGAAGUCUUUCAUGCGAGUUAAACGAAAGAUAUCAUCAAGGCCUGCUUCUUGUUUACCUCAAUCCCAGAGUUCUGUGCAACAUGCUAACUUCAAUCCUUUUCCCAAUGAUUUCGUUUGACUCGUGGGAUGGACUUUACUAAAAAGGAGCCACUGCUCAUAGUUUAAUCCCAAACACAUUGGUUGAGACAUUUGCUGCCUUCGCAGUCCUUUUCAAAGUUUGUUCACAUAACUACUGUGUUACAAACUGGUUAUUUACAAUAUUGGUAUAGGAAGAGAGGUAAAAAAACGAAAUUAGUGGAGUUCCAAAGAGAAGCCCCAGCUGGCUAUUUCUGAGAGUGUAGUAUUUUUAUAGGGGUGGGGGUGGGGCACAUCGACGGAUUUCAUGAAAUGGCUCAGACCGCUGCCUUUCCCUGUGUACUAGCGGGCUCGUGUUCUCGCAGCGAGAAGGAACAGGAAAUGAAGUAUCUGACGCUAAAAGAGAUGUCAAGCCUAAUUACAAAGUUUUUUUUAAUUGAAAGAAAAUUACAAGGUUUAUAUACUUGAAAGAAGGGGGGAUUGUCAUUCAUAGUUACGCCCAUGGGAUUCAUUUAUCCUCGAUAAGAUGUUCGCGAGCUGGUGUUCAAGUAGCCUGUUCUAGGCUCUCAGUCAGAGAAAACGAGCGGAAAAGCGCGCGAAAUAUGACGUUCGAAAAGUAAACUGGAACGCAUCCUACGCAAGUGCCUGCUCCAUUUUUUGCGCAUUAAAUGAUUUUCCUACUAAUGGCAUUGCGAAAUGCUAACUGACUUUAAAAUCUAACACAACCGGAC